AGCGAGCGGCAGGGCAUAAUAGUGGUAGCUUCUCUGCUGGACAAGGCACCCAACCUGGCAGGCCUGGCCCGCACCUGCGAGGUGUUUCAGGCGGCGGCACUGGUGAUGGCGGAUCUGCGAGUGCUGAAGGAUGCUGCGUUUGUGGGAGUGGCCAUGACGGCGCAGCAGUGGGUGCCGCUGCUGCAGGUGGCCCCGCGUGACCUCCUGCCCUGGCUCUCCAACAAGCGCGCGCAGGGAUACCGGGUGAUCGGUCUGGAGCAGACAGUGGAAUCACAGGCGCUGCCGCACUUUGAGUUCCCAGAGAGGAGCGUGCUGGUGCUGGGCAAGGAAGGGACAGGAAUCCCAGCCAACUUGCUGCAGGCGGUGGACUGCUGCGUGGAAAUUCCCCAGCUAGGCCUGAUCCGCUCCCUCAAUGUCCACGUCAGCGGCGCCCUGGCAGUCUAUGAAUACACGCGCCAGCAGCAGCGAUGGAAGGCCGCGCCUGCUGCUGUGUCUUGA